UUUUGCAUUUAGCAUUUUUUAAGAUUUUGUUUGUAUUCAAGCGCUGCAUCAUGGACGAAUUGCAGCAGCUGGAGUAUCUAUCGCUGGUCUCCAAAAUUUGUACAGAGUUGGACAACCAUUUGGGCAUCAAUGACAAGGAUUUGGCUGAAUUUAUUAUUGACUUGGAGAACAAGAAUCGCAGCUAUGAAGCGUUCCGCAAGGCUUUGGCAGACAAUGGAGCUGAGUUUCCAGACUCUUUGGUUCAGAAUUUACAGCGUAUCAUUAAUCUUAUGCGUCCUAGCCGUCCUAAAGACGAUAAAAUUCCUGCUGGUUCAACGGGAAAGGAUGACAAAAAAUCGGAACUUAUGAAGAUGUUUCCGGGUUUAGCAUUACCCAAUGAUACGUACAGCAAAACUGAAAACGAAGACCAUAAAGAGGACAGAAAAGAUGAAAAGCAAAAACCGGACAAGAAGGAUCGCAAGGAGAGCAAACCAAAAAUUUCCGAAAUGAGCGAUGUGGAUGCUGCGAUGUUGGAACUGGAGGCAUUGGCUCCGGGAGAGAAUAAAGCAAAAGAAUCAUCCACAAAGCGCAGAGAGCGUAGUCGUAGUCGCAAUAGAGAUCGGGAUCGACGAAAGCGUAGUAAGUCUCGCGGAAAUCGAGAUGGCCAUCGGAGCAAGUCUCGCGAACGCGAUCGGUCACGCCGUAACAGCAGACGAAGCAGAUCACGUGAAGAUGGCCAUGGAGAACGAGAUCGUCGUAGGAGUAGAGACAGAGAACACCGCGCUCGUGAUGAUCGUCGUAGGCGAAGCAGAUCUCGAGAGGAUCGAGAUCGCCGCAGAAGGAGCAGGUCCCGAGAAGAACGACGCCAUAGAUCGCGGUCCCGGGACCGACGAGAAAAAAUGCCACCACCAACCGCCGUUAUGGCUGAUGACCCAGAAGCUGGGAAAAUCUACUCCGGUAAGGUGGCCAAUAUUGUUGACUUUGGUUGUUUUGUGCAGCUUUUUGGCCUGCGUAAGCGCUGGGAGGGUUUAGUUCACAUAUCUCAGCUGAGAGCGGAGGGACGUGUAACCGAUGUGACGGAGGUAGUAAGCCGUAAUCAGACGGUCAAGGUUAAGGUGAUGUCCAUCACUGGUCAAAAGGUAUCCCUCUCGAUGAAAGAAGUCGAUCAAGAGUCCGGCCGAGACUUAAACCCUCUCUCGCAUGCUCCAGAGGAUGAAGACAUAUCGUUGAGGGAUCGCAAUCCGGAUGGUCCGUUUAGCAGCAGCACCUCCAUGCUAAAUCUGCAGGGAAAUAAUCUCGACGGUGAUGAGCAUGAGUCAAGAAAACGUGUAACCAGAAUAUCCAGUCCCGAACGGUGGGAGAUUAAGCAGAUGAUCAGCUCUGGAGUGCUUGAUCGCAGCGAAAUGCCAGAUUUUGAUGAGGAAACUGGUUUGCUUCCCAAGGACGAGGACGAUGAGGCCGAUAUAGAAAUUGAGAUUGUUGAAGAAGAGCCACCCUUCCUCUCAGGCCAUGGACGAGCCCUCCACGAUCUAUCCCCAGUGAGGAUUGUGAAGAAUCCCGAUGGAUCUCUCGCGCAAGCAGCAAUGAUGCAAUCGGCUCUUUCCAAAGAGCGGCGUGAACAGAAAAUGUUGCAGCGCGAACAAGAAAUGGAAGCGUUGCCCACCAAUCUCAACAAAAACUGGAUCGAUCCUUUGCCAGAGGAGGACUCUGGUCGUCAUUUAGCGGCAAAUAUGCGGGGCAUGGGACUAGCUCCCCAAGAAGUGCCCGAAUGGAAGAAGCAUGUAAUUGGAGGAAAAAAAUCAUCCUUCGGCAAAAAGACGGACUUAACGCUUGUUGAGCAGCGACAAUCUCUGCCCAUCUACAAGCUACGCGAUGAUCUCAUCAAGGCGGUGACAGACAAUCAAAUUCUGAUUGUUAUCGGGGAGACUGGAUCCGGUAAAACUACCCAAAUCACCCAAUAUCUAGGUGAAUGCGGAUUUACGGCACGUGGAAAGAUUGGAUGCACACAACCGCGUCGUGUGGCUGCCAUGUCGGUGGCAAAACGUGUGGCCGAGGAAUAUGGUUGCCGUCUUGGUCAAGAAGUGGGCUAUACCAUACGUUUCGAGGAUUGCACCAGUCCGGAGACUGUAAUCAAGUACAUGACAGACGGCAUGUUGCUCCGCGAAUGCCUUAUGGAGGCUGAACUUAAGGGCUAUUCAGUCAUCAUGUUGGAUGAGGCUCACGAACGAACAAUUCACACUGAUGUUCUGUUUGGUCUGCUGAAGACGGCCGUGCAAAAACGCCCGGAAUUGAAACUAAUUGUUACCUCAGCCACUUUGGAUGCGGUCAAGUUUUCGCAGUAUUUCUUUGAAGCUCCCAUUUUUACAAUUCCUGGACGUACAUUUCCCGUGGAGGUGUUGUAUACAAAGGAGCCGGAGACCGACUAUUUAGAUGCCUCUCUAAUUACGGUGAUGCAAAUACAUUUGCGUGAACCGCCCGGUGAUAUUUUGCUUUUCCUCACUGGUCAGGAGGAGAUUGACACGGCCUGCGAGAUAUUAUACGAGCGCAUGAAGAGUCUAGGCCCCGAUGUGCCCGAACUGAUCAUUUUGCCUGUCUAUUCUGCUCUGCCAUCCGAGAUGCAAACACGCAUCUUUGACCCUGCUCCGGCAGGCAGUCGUAAGGUGGUAAUCGCCACGAAUAUCGCUGAGACUUCACUAACCAUAGAUGGUAUAUUUUAUGUGGUGGAUCCAGGAUUUGUUAAACAGAAAGUCUACAACUCGAAGACGGGCAUGGAUUCGCUUGUAGUUACUCCCAUUUCGCAGGCAGCAGCCAAGCAAAGAGCUGGCAGGGCAGGACGUACUGGGCCAGGAAAAACCUAUCGUCUUUACACGGAGCGAGCUUAUCGGGAUGAGAUGUUGCCGACGCCCGUGCCCGAAAUCCAACGUACCAAUCUGGCAACCACAGUGCUUCAACUUAAGACCAUGGGUAUCAAUGAUCUGCUGCACUUUGAUUUCAUGGAUGCACCACCAGUGGAGUCUUUGGUUAUGGCCUUGGAACAGCUGCAUUCACUCUCGGCUCUUGAUGAUGAGGGCUUACUUACCCGUUUGGGUCGUCGCAUGGCCGAAUUUCCACUUGAGCCGAAUCUCUCCAAAAUGCUUAUCAUGUCGGUAGCCCUGCAGUGUUCUGAUGAGAUUUUGACAAUUGUGUCCAUGUUGAGUGUGCAAAAUGUGUUUUACAGGCCAAAAGAUAAACAGGCGUUGGCCGAUCAGAAAAAGGCAAAAUUUAAUCAAGCUGAGGGUGAUCACUUAACCCUGUUGGCAGUCUACAACAGUUGGAAGAAUAACAAAUUCUCGAAUGCUUGGUGUUAUGAAAAUUUUGUUCAGAUACGGACAUUAAAACGUUCACAGGAUGUACGGAAACAACUGCUUGGUAUUAUGGAUCGUCAUAAAUUGGAUGUGGUAUCGGCGGGCAAGAAUUCUGUGCGCAUUCAAAAGGCAAUUUGUUCUGGCUUCUUUCGUAAUGCUGCAAAAAAGGAUCCACAGGAAGGUUAUCGUACUCUGGUUGAUUCUCAGGUGGUUUACAUUCAUCCUUCAAGUGCUCUGUUCAAUAGACAGCCCGAAUGGGUCAUCUAUCAUGAACUGGUGCAGACCACCAAAGAGUAUAUGCGCGAGGUGACCACAAUUGAUCCAAAAUGGUUGGUGGAAUUCGCUCCAUCCUUCUUCCGCUUCUCUGAUCCAACCAAACUGAGUAAAUUUAAGAAAAAUCAACGACUUGAGCCAUUGUACAACAAAUAUGAAGAGCCUAAUGCUUGGAGAAUAUCCCGAGUUAGGCGCAGACGGAAUUAAUUCACUCUUUCAAAAAAUUAUUACAUAUAUUUAGUUUUAAGUUUACAAAUAAAGCAAUAAGGAACUUUUAUUAAUA